AUGAUACCCCCUUGUGACCCGACAGUAUUGGCGAAUAAUCCGCAGUUCCAGCGCCUUUAUCAACACCUGACGACCGCAUUGCUCAACCCAGAUGGCUCCACGCGUGCCCUUGAUGCGCAUCCGGCUCGGAAGGAAGUUCUAAGUGAAUUGAGAAGUUGUCAGCUGCGCAGCGCGAAAAAAAAGAUCAAGAAGCACACACUCCAACAACUAGCUUUCGACCCUGACAGCAAUUUGCCUGAUGAUUGUCGUGAGCCUCUUGCUAUCGUCAGCUUAUAUCUCGAGUCCUCGCCGAGCAAUCUCGAACUACUUAACGACCAGCGAGAUGGCCCAGAUGUGCAUUCUCUGAUAGCGCCGGAUAUCAACAAGUUCUAUUCCAAGUUACCCAUACUGAUUCCGGCCUUUGCGCGAGCUCUUUGUUCGGAUGUGCAGGACCUACGAGCGCUCGCAAAUGCGGCUGGGAGCACCCAACGGCCUAGUGUGCGGAUGGAAGCCGGGCGACUGAGUCCCUUGUCACCUCAACUAGGCGAAAGAAUGCAAGCCCUACGCCAAUUACAGUUUGCGACGCUCCCCGCGGCUCGAACUCAGAUGGCAGCAGCAGCGGCAGAGGUCCUUGUUAUGCGCGCAGCUGUACUAGAGCGGACGGUGACCCUGCUAGAGCGCACAAAACAUGGCUCACUGGCCCGCGCAACGAAAGCCAGAGCCGAACAUCUACAUACGGUUGCCCAUGGCGUUGAGGGCAAGUUGAAGGUGAUAAGGCUAGAAAUCCUUGCUACCAUUCACACGACCGAAGUCAGCGCUGCACUUACUCAGUACCAUCGACAUCUGCGGGACAUAAGGGUGAGACUGGAAGAAAGGCGGGAACUGGCUUUGAAUGAGCUGAAGGCAUCCGAGGAUGCGAAUUCAACCCUCAGCAGGCGCUCUGGGGAUUCUGGGCUCAUUGCAGAAAUUGCGCGUCGCUAUGGCUCUCUAAUCAGGGAGAUGGAGGAUGUGAACAUGGAGAUCCAACGAUUAUUGCAAGGAUAA